UAUAUAGUACAUAUAUAAAAUAAACCGCAUAUAUAUGUGAACAAUUCCAUUUCGCUUUUCAUAUAUCGAGAAUUGAGAUCAUCAAACGGUCUGUUUCGUCUAAUAUUUUGAAAUGGAUGUUCGAUUCGGAUUCAUAUUAGUGUUUGUCUUGCUUCUACAGACUGUGGAUGCUGAACUGAAAAAAUCAUCGUUGUCCAAGAUAGAAGAUGUAUUAGAAUCAGUAUUUUUUGGCAGAAGAAAACUUUCAGAAUUUCGUAAACUAAAUCCAUUAAGUAAUGAAGAUGCCAACCUGCAACACCAAAUAGCUCCAGUUAAAUCUGGUCGUUCACACCAAAUGGAGUCAGAUGCUAUAAUUAAACAUGAAGCUACAAGACAUUUAAUGGAAAAAACAGGAAAGACAGCAGAUGAGCUGAUGGCAGACGAAGUAAUCAAUACUGCCUUCAGAGAACUUAUAUGUCCCUCAUCAACGGUUAGAUGUACACCGUCAGAAUACAGAACAAUGGAUGGGUCCUGUAACAAUAGGAAUAAUCCAGAAUGGGGCCAGUCCUUUACUGCUCAGAGGAGAUUCCUUCAACCGGUUUAUGCUCCCGGUGACCUGCCAAGAAAUUCAAGAAACCUUCCUUCAGCAAGGAAAAUAAGUAACGAUAUUUUCAAAGCCACAGAAACUCUUCAUGAUAGACAAUAUUCUGGACUUGUUAUGGCAUGGGGACAACUCAUAGACCAUGAUAUUACUAAAACCCCAACAGCAGGAGAUAUUGACUGCUGUGACACAGCAAAUGCAAACAAUCCAAUCUGCUUUCCUAUUGAUGUACCUGCAGGCGAUGAACGUUUUUCAAAGUGUCUCAAUUUUGUUCGAUCAGCAGCAGCAACAUCUUCGACAACAAAAGGAUGUUUGAAUGAUAAAAGAGAACAAAUCAAUGAACUUACAGCCUUUAUAGAUGGUGGAAUGUUGUAUGGGGCAUCUGACGACGAACUUUCACUUCUCAGGGAUCAAACUAAUACACAUUUGCUGAAAACAAAGGAACCUGGAAACUUACUACCCACGGGAACAAGUUUUUGUCUGAUAACAGACGACCAAACUAAUGAUUAUUGCCAGCACGCAGGAGAUAAUAGAGUAAACGUUAUUCCAACGCUUGGUGCUGUGCAUACGCUAUUGGUUAGAGAACACAACAGAAUAGCCGAGGGACUAAAAAAUCUAAAUAGACAAUGGAAUAACGGCAAGGUAUUUGACGAGACCAGAAAGAUUAUGGGAGCUAUUAUUCAGCAUGUCUCGUACAAUGAAUGGCUUCCGAUAGUCGUCGGUGAUCAGCACAUGGACCAAUACAAUCUGAAAUCUUCUGAGAGAGGCCAUGUCAGUUCAUACGAUUCCAAUUUAGAUCCUUCUAUACGAAACUCGUUUGCUGCUGCUGCUCUGAGGUAUGCUCACUCUUUGAUAAUGCCAACACAAGCAUACCUCGACAGAACCUACAGAAAUGAGGAGAGUUUUAGUCUCGAGACUCAGCAGUUAAAUCCACACAUGGUCGUUCAAGAAAAUGGUGGACGAUUGGAGGAUCUUGUGAGAUGGACAACUUACAAACCAUGUAUGACAUCUGAUAGAAUGUUUGAAGAUGGAAUACGUAAUAAUUUAUUUGGCAUAUCAGAUUUGCCUGCAAGGAAUGUGCAACGCGGACGAGACCACGGACUACCUUCUUACAACGAGUUUAGAUCAUUUUGUGGCUUACCCCGGGCUAACAAUUUCAACACUGGACGAAAUCGUGGUGGGUUACGUGACCAUUCCCGAGAAAACGCAAGACUAUUGGAACAAACAUAUCAAUCGAUUAAUGAUAUAGAUCUGUUUGUUGGUGCUAUGACAGAACGACUUGCAUCGGGUGCUGACGUUGGUCCAACAUUCGCAUGCUUGAUCGCCAAACAAUUUGAUGUGUUAAAGAGAGGUGAUUCAUUCUGGUAUGAAAACCAAGGACAACAAGGGUUUUCUGAAGCAAAGGUAAAUGCCAUAAAAAGAGUGAGACUUUCCAGUCUGUUGUGUGAACAUUUUGGUUUAGCUACCAUCCAGCCUGACCCAUUCAAAAUAGAAAGAGAAGGGAGAUGUCCAGGAUCAUCAGAUAUAGAAGACAACUGUAUGGUUAGAUGUUCAGAGUUGAGACUCUUGGACUUGAGGCCAUGGAGAGUAUAAUCGAUGGUUCAACAUUUUAAAGUUUCAUAUGUACCUAUACCUCAUCGCAGAUGUAUUCCUCGUUUUCAUUUCAUGUAUAGAUCUACCUCCUACUAGUUUUAUUACUCAUAUUUAAUAAGUAUUUGAUUUUAAGUUUUUUUGUAUUUUUUUUUAAAUAAAGAAGAAAAUGUUUAAA